AUGCUCCAAAACGCUUUUAUCGACCCGUUAAAGUGUGAAAUUACACACCGCGUUCGCUUGUUUUUCUCUUUCGUCUGGUACACGGCCAGCCUUGGUUUACUUUUCCUUUGGGGAAAAAUAGCCUCUUUCUUUGGUUGUGUCGCUGCGUCUUCGUGUUUUCGUCGACGAUGCCGGCCAAAACCAACCGUUGUAAUUGGUGAGCUCUUCGUCCUUCGUGGUGGUAGGAUAACUCCUUUGGCCACCGUUCAAAACCACCAACCUGAGCAUUUGGGUUUACCCUCUUCUCCUUCUUCUUCUGUGGCUUCGUCGUCUUCUUUGGCUCCUUCUUCUUCUGCGGCUCCUUCUUCUACAGCGGCUCGCUAUUCUUCUGUGGGCUCCUCUUCGCGUGAGGCUUGCUUUUCUUCUAUUGGACCCACUUCCACUGCUGGUCUCACUUCUUCUGCUGUUCUCUCUUCCUCUGUUGCUGCUUCUGGAUAUUAUGAGCUCAGUAAAGCACCCUUUUCGGUCCGCCCUGCCUCUGUCACGUCCAUCAAAUUGAACAUGACGUGUUACUCUUUGGACUGUGCCUGUGUUGCUGGUUUGCCUUGUCUUUCUGGUGGUAGGAUGCCUUCCUUCCGUCCUCCCCUCCAAAGGUAUUCGUCUUCUGUCUCUUUUGGUAUUGGCUGCGAAGCCAUUACUAAAGCUUGUCUUAAGGCUGACGUUGGUUCUCUCGGUUUCGGUCGAGACUGUUCGCCUUCCGUCGUCUCGUCCUUGACCUUUGGUCAAGCUUUUCCUCUUGGUGACUUUGCGGCUUCUAGUCGCAGCUUGCCUGCGGUUGAUUCCGCAAUGGACGUUGACGACGUUUCUGUCCCUGUGUCUGGGGAAUCUGGUGUCUUGGGUCUGGCUGUGGCUUCUGCUACUCUUGGUUCUGGACUUUCUGCUGCUUCUUCUUCUGCGGCUGAAGAGCUUUGCCAUGUGUCUGUGUCUCCUCUUGGGGAUAACGUGCUGUCUGCUCCUGUUUUCUUGGCUGGUGCUGAGAUCGGUUCGGUUGUUGGAAGUUGCUCUGCUGGUGCAGAUUCUGCCGUAGCGGAGGUCCCAGCUGUUGCUUUGCCUCGUCCUGUGGCAAUUCCUCGUCGUCUUGGGUCCGGUCGUUGUGUUGCUGUUUCUUCGGCUGUUGUAGCUGAUGCCGUUGCAGGUACAGCCGUAGAUGCUCCGCUUGCUUCUCCUCCUUUCUCGCCUUCUCCUUGUGAAAAACGUCAGCGUGGGGAUAAGCGAAAAAAUGACGCUCCUCCUCCUACCACAACCGUUCGUCCUUGCUUUGUUCCUCGUUCUGGUGACGUUUCUUCGUCUGUUGCAGUGCCGUCCGUUGUGACUCCUUUGUCGGUCCUUCCGACAUCUAACGUUGGCUUUGGCUCUUCUGUGGCUUUUGUCACUCCGGUGACUGCUUUUUCCUCUGUGGCUGUUGUCCCUCCUGUGUCUUGUCCUGCUUCUGUCUCGUCCGUCUCUUCUGUCUCUUCUGUCCCUGUCAUUGAGGGAUCUUCAAUUACUGUCUCUCCCGUACGCCCAAUCGCUAAACCACGGGUAGCGCAUUACGAAAAGGCGAGGGAGAGACUAGUAUUGAAGGCCCUCUUCGAUAGGGCUGAAAAAGAAGAAGAAGAAGCCGACAGAAAAGAAAAAGAAAAAGCGGAUGGACGUUCUUCCUCGGGAAGAAGAUAA